GCCCCGCAGCGCGGCCAUGGAGGCGCCCGUGGCCCGGGGAACGCUGGCGCGCGCCCUGCGCGCCCUCUGCGUUUUGGGGUGCCUGUGGGGCCGUGCCGCCACCGCGCCUUCUCCCAUCAUCAAGUUCCCCGGCGAUGUCGCCCCCAAAACGGACAAAGAGCUGGCGGUGCAAUACCUGAACACCUACUACGGCUGCCCCAAGGAGAGCUGUAACCUGUUUGUGCUGAAGGACACCCUCAAGAAGAUGCAGAAGUUCUUUGGGCUGCCCCAGACAGGUGAACUUGAUCAGAACACCAUUGAGACCAUGCGGAAGCCACGCUGCGGUAACCCAGAUGUGGCCAACUACAACUUCUUCCCCCGAAAGCCCAAGUGGGACAAGAACCAACUCACAUACAGGAUCAUUGGCUACACACCUGACCUCGACCCAGAGACGGUAGAUGAUGCCUUUGCUCGGGCCUUCCAAGUGUGGAGUGAUGUAACCCCUCUACGGUUUGCUCGCAUCCAUGAUGGAGAGGCUGACAUCAUGAUUAACUUUGGUCGCUGGGAACAUGGAGAUGGAUACCCCUUCGAUGGCAAGGAUGGGCUCCUGGCUCAUGCCUUUGCUCCAGGAACUGGUGUUGGGGGAGACUCUCACUUCGAUGAUGACGAACUCUGGACUCUGGGGGAAGGGCAAGUGGUCCGUGUGAAGUAUGGGAAUGCAGAUGGCGAGUACUGUAAGUUCCCCUUCCUGUUCAAUGGUCGGGAAUAUAACAGCUGCACCGACACCGGCCGCAAAGAUGGCUUCCUCUGGUGCUCCACUACCUACAACUUCGACAAGGAUGGCAAGUACGGCUUUUGUCCCCACGAAGCUCUGUUCACCAUGGGUGGCAAUGCGGACGGACAGCCCUGCAAGUUCCCCUUCCGCUUCCAGGGUACUUCCUACAACAGCUGCACCACUGAAGGCCGCACGGAUGGCUACCGCUGGUGUGGCACCACUGAAGACUAUGAUCGUGACAAGAAGUAUGGCUUCUGCCCCGAGACCGCCAUGUCCACCGUGGGUGGGAACUCAGAAGGUGCCCCCUGUGUCUUCCCCUUCACCUUCCUGGGCAACAAACACGAGAGCUGCACCAGCGCCGGCCGCAGCGAUGGGAAGUUGUGGUGUGGGACCACUUCCACCUACGAUGAUGACCGGAAAUGGGGCUUCUGUCCGGACCAAGGGUACAGCCUGUUCCUGGUGGCAGCCCAUGAGUUCGGCCAUGCCAUGGGACUGGAGCACUCACAAGACCCAGGGGCUCUGAUGGCGCCCAUUUAUACCUACACCAAGAACUUCCGCCUGUCCCAUGAUGACAUCAAGGGCAUCCAGGAGCUCUACGGAGCCUCUCCUGACACCGACGUUGAUGUGGGCACUGGCCCCACACCCACGCUGGGACCUGUCACUCCUGAACUCUGUGAAAAGGACAUUAUCUUUGAUGGCAUCUCUCAGAUCCGUGGUGAGAUCUUCUUCUUCAAAGACCGGUUCAUUUGGCGGACAGGGACAACGACACCAGGGGAGAAGCCCAUGGGCCCCCUGCUGGUGGCCACAUUCUGGCCUGAGCUCCCAGAAAAGAUUGAUGCUGUGUACGAAGCCCCUCAGGAGGAGAAGGCUGUGUUCUUUGCAGGGAAUGAGUACUGGGUCUAUUCUGCCAGUACCCUGGAGCGAGGGUAUCCCAAGCCUCUGACGAGCCUGGGGUUGCCCCCUGAUCUCCAGCGAGUGGACGCAGCCUUUAACUGGAGCAAGAACAAGAAGACAUAUAUUUUCGCAGGAGACAAAUUCUGGAGAUACAAUGAGGUGAAGAAGAAGAUGGAUCCUGGCUUUCCCAAGCUCAUCGCAGAUGCCUGGAAUGCCAUCCCUGAUAACCUGGAUGCUGUCGUGGACCUUCAGGGCAGCGGUCACAGCUUCUUCUUCAAGGGUGCUUAUUAUCUGAAGUUGGAGAACCGAAGUCUGAAGAGCGUGAAGUUUGGAAGCAUCAAGUCGGACUGGCUGGGCUGCUGAGCUGGCGUGGCUACCCCAGGCCCUUUCUUGCCCCAUCCCCCUGACAAACCAGGCCCAGAGUACCAGGGUCAGAUAAGGAAGGAGGGGGCCUUGCAUCCUGCCCUCAGCUCUAUAGUUAACCAGUCUUCUCACCCUCACCUGGUAAUUUAAGAUUCCAGAGAGUGGCUCCUCCUUCCUGUGCCCAAGAAAGGUGCUGACUGUACUCGAUCCCCGGUGCUCCUUCCCUGGAGCUCCCUCCUCUCCCAAAAAGAUGUUUCCAGAUUCUCAAUGCAGCCCUGCUUCGGGCUGCCCUGGUGCUGCCCCCGCUUCAGACACUCCUCUCUGCACAACCUUCUGUGGCUCACAGCACCCUUGGAGCCAACAGAGACUGUCUCAACAGGGCACUGGUGGCCCAAUAGCCCAAUAGCAAGGGGCAGUGGGAUAUACAGGCAUAGCCAGGUGGCAUUGGCCAACUCCUGGAUUCUCACUUGCUGGCCUAGGACCUUCCAUACAUUAGCAGUUUGCUUUGUGUGCACUUUGUUAUUUUUCUUUUGAUCUUUUUAUUUUUAUGGCGUUUCCCCGGACAGAAGGACUCAGGUUGUCUGAAGUCAUCGCGCAACACAUCUCAGCCCACGUAGGGAUGGCUCCCUUGUUCAUUCUGUAGAGUCACUUCCUCCACUGGAUGGAGGAAACCCAAGCCAUGUGCAGCCCUCUCCGCCUCUCCCUUCCACAGUUCCCCAUGGGAAAUGGCAA